CAGAAAGUAUACCACGUUAGAAGAGUGGCUAAUGGUCGGUUGGUACGUAAUAUGUUUUUCUUUUUUUUUUUUCUUGUCCCUGUAGCUGCCAAAACACAGAAUACACUUAUACUACAAACGCAUCUCUCUCUCUCUGCCUUUCAAUCCAAGUCUUUUCUCUCUUUUCUUUUCUACUCAAAACCUCUCAAACUUAGAAGCGAGAAAAGAGAACCCAAAUCUCUUUUGAAUCUUUCCGUGCCAGGAACAUCAAGAAAGUGAAUCUUUUCUUUUCUUUUUUGGUUUCUGAUGAGGAAACUUUGUCCUAAUUUUGAUAGAGAAGAUGGGUUGGACACAGUCCUUGAGGUUCCAAUCCCAGAGGAGAUGUUUGGUUCUAACAAGAAUGGGAACAGGUCAUGGCAGAAUAUGAAAGCUUGGAUAAGACCGCAGACAGAUAAAUCCAUUGCUAAUUUAUUUGGUGGUAAGAAUACAGAGAUCCAGCUCUUGCUUGGUGUUGUUGGUGCUCCUUUGAUCCCUCUUCCUAUUCGUUGUGAUCAUCAGUUCAUCAAUCGUAAUAUGAAAGACGAACCUAUUGAGGCAUCAAUGGCGAAAUACAUAGUGCAACAAUAUAUAGCAGCAGUUGGAGGGGAGGGGGCAUUGAAUUCAGUAGACAGCAUGUAUGCAAUGGGAAAGGUGAGAAUGGCGGCAUCAGAAUUUUGUGCAGGAGAAGGGAGCUUAAACAAUAAGGUGUUGAAAGUAAAGAACAUGAGAAAUGGAGGUGGAGAGAUGGGAGGUUUCGUUCUAUGGCAGAAAAGGCCUGACUUGUGGUGCUUAGAGUUAGUGGUUUCUGGCUGCAAAAUUAGUGCUGGUAGUGAUGGCAAGGUUGCUUGGAGGCAGACCCCUUGGCACCAUUCCCAUGCUUCUAGAGGCCCACCCAGGCCCCUCCGCCGUUUUCUUCAGGGUCUUGAUCCAAAGUCCACAGCUAACUUAUUCUCCAACUCCAUUUGCGCUGGUGAAAAGGCGAUCAACGGUGAGGAUUGUUUCAUAUUAAAACUUGAAGCUGAAACCUCAUCACUAAGAGCAAGAAGCACAAGCAAUGUAGAAAUGAUAAGGCACACAGUUUGGGGUUACUUCAGUCAAAGAACUGGCCUGUUAGUCCAGUUAGAAGACUCUCAUCUUUUGAGAAUUAAAGCUUCAGGAAAUGACAGCAUUUUCUGGGAGACAUCAAUGGAGUCCACAAUUCAUGAUUAUAGGACUAUUGAUGGCAUUAACAUCGCACAUGGGGGCAGAACCUCAGUUUCAUUGUUUAGGUUUGGUGAGAACUCAGAAAGCCAUUCAAGAACAAGAAUGGAAGAAGUCUGGACUAUUGAAGAAGUUGACUUUAACAUAAAAGGGCUGUCUAUGGAUUGCUUUUUGCCCCCUAGUGACUUGAAGAAAGACGGAGAAGAAAGUUAUGUUGUUACUGGUAAUGCAAAAUUACCAUUGAAGAUGAGAUCAACUUCUACUAGGAUUAGUUCAUCCAAGGUUGUUGCCAUCGAUGUUGAUGAUUCGGAUAAUAGUGACGAUGAAGACCUUGAUGAAUAUUGAACUUCUUGUAAAUUUGUUUUCCCCAUUUUGUAAAUAUGAUAUCAUAUAUUUACCUCACCUACUCAUGAGGUCCUUCUGGAUUUGAGUUAAUUAGGUAAAAUAUAAUUAUAAAGCUUGUAAGGUCGAGCUUUUUAUUUAA